AUUUUGGAUUGUGUUUGUUUUGUGGUUAUUGGAUUGUGGAAAUAAGUUUAUGUUAUUCAUUAAUAAUUAAUUUUAGCUCUUAAUUAGAACAAUGCUCUAUUUCGAAUACUUAUUAUAGUAUUAUAUAAAACUCGUAAAGCUUAGAAUAUUCGGUGUUAAAACCUGAAGAAUUCCUGUGUACUUUACAAUGAAAAUCUGGAUACUUAUUUGGUGUUGGAAGGAAACCGACAUUAGUACCUAGUUAAAAGAGUUGAAAAGAUAAUCGGAUAAACUACUGUUUUCUCCUUCCUAUGAUCCAGCAAUGGAGGCAAUGGAGAUUCAGAAUGAACUGCAAAAUGAUGAGUGUGUUUCCUCGACAGUAGAGUUCUGCAUGAUAUGCCUCGACACAGAAUGUAAACUGUAUAAACUGGACAAAUAUAACUUACAUACAAAUUUCAAACACUUGACUGGAAUUGAGCUCAAAGAUGAGGUGAGAUUUGUGCCACAGUUAUGCACAGAAUGUGCACAGAGACUCACAAACUGUGCCAAAUUCAGAGAAAAGAGCUUGAGGGCUUACCACUUGCUGGCACAGUUGGGAGAGAGGAGUAAAAUGCUGACAUUGGAACAAAUAAAGACAAUCAACCGAACACACAAUCAGCUUGCGUCAAACAUCACCAAAAUAACGUUUGAUCCAGAUUCUUACGAUGUUUGUGUGAAAGAACACCAGGAACAUAUUGUGCAGAAGAUAGAAAUUAAAAUUGAAAAAGACACGGGUAUAGAUCAUCAAAAUCUAAAUUAUAAUAUCAAAUUUGAAAAAAAUCUUUCAAACAAUGAACUAGAUGAUGGUACACCAGAGUUUGAGAUUGAUGUUAUCAAUAAAACUGAAUUCAAUGAUGAAGAUAUGGAUUAUGAUAUGGAUGUACUUGAUGAUUGUGAUACUGAUGUUGACUUUGCUAAAAGCAAGUCAGAUAUGAAUAGUUCUAGAAGUAAAGUCAUUAAAAGCAAAAAUAUAGUUAAAACUAAUAAAGCCAGCCUUAACAAUUCAACACUAGUUGUAAAUAGAAAUACGAAUAACAUAAAAGAUGAAAAUAUUAAAAAUAAAAUGAUAUUUAAAAAAGAACCAAAAUUUAAUUCAGCAGAAAAUAUGCCCAAAAUUAAAAAUCUAAAUAGAAUAGUAAAAAAAACAUUAAACAAAAAUGUAGAUAGUACAAAAACCCUAAGAAGUGCUGUAAAAGAUAGAACGCAAAGCAUCAAAUCAAAAAAACUGAAUCGCAGUAAAAAGAUAACUAUUAAAAAAGAUUUAGCAGAUGGUGAUAGUUUGAAAGAGGUUAGACCUAAGAGAAAAAGAGUGAAGGGUGGAAAGCCAGGUAAACCAGCUUCAAAAGACCACUUGAAACUUUUCGAAGUGACAGAGAGGAGUAAAGAGGAGCAGUUAGAAGAGAUACAGAAAAGGAAAGAGACGAGUAGCUAUAAGUCAUCUCUAUACAAGUGCACGGUUUGUUACAAAGGCUUCAUUGACAACAAAGCGUACGAGGGACACAUGGAACGGCAUACUGAUAAAUUUGGAAAAUUCGAAUGCAGUAUAUGCGGCAUACGCGCGAAGAACAAAAUCUGCCUACGCAAACAUAUGGUGAUGAACCAUUUGUUCAGAUAUACUUGCUUUAAGUGCUCUUUCGUCACCAAAGAUAGGAGUACAGCUCUGAACCACGAGCGUUGGCACGACGGCAAGGAGUACAAAUGUCCACAUUGCGGUGAAGUGUUCUCGAAGUAUACGUCGCGCAUGUCUCACGUGCGUCUAAAGCACCCUUCAGACCACGUGUGCCGACUGUGCGGAUUCUCUUUUGUCGGUGAACGGGGACUGUACCUUCAUAUGAGCAAGACGCACCGCGCGGCCGACACUGAGUCGCUGGACGGGCCGCAGUGCGAGGAGUGCAACAUUCGCUUCGCGUCCGCCGCCGCGUAUGAGCAGCACAUGAAGGUGUCUCCCAAACACGCGCCAGCCGAUAAACUGAAAGCAAACACCCCGGUAAAGAAAUAUCCUUACAAGAAGUUACCGCAGAAGAAGAUUGACUGCGAACAGUGCGGCGUGCAGCUGGUCGGCGCUCGCAACUACGCGCGGCACUUCCGGAUGCUUCACCCGGGCAAGAACCGCACCAAGUACUCCUCCGUCAACGUCAUGAAGAUGAGCGUCAUGUGCGAGCUGUGUGGGAAAGUAAUGCCGAGUCUCCGUUACCACUUGCCGUGUCACGCUCAGCAGAAACAGUUCAAAUGCGACGUGUGCGACGAGCGGUUCGAGACCAAAUACUUCCUCAACAAACAUGCUGAGACGCACAGCGGCGGGUCGCGACCGCGCUACGAGUGCAACAUCUGUGGGAAGAACAUGUCGUAUCCCUCCAGUUUAUGGCGGCAUAUGUUUUCCCACAAAGACACUCGGCCUUACUACAAGUGCGAUAUUUGCGACAAAAACUUCACCGCCGCUCGCGCGAGGGACGACCACGUGUUGCAUGUCCACAAUAACGUGCCGCGUCCGAAGAGGGUCCGCGCCCCGAGAGCCGGCACCAAGUUAUCGCAGACACGUGUCAAAGGCGAGCUGGGUACAAGCGACUCAGAAGAGUCGUAAGAUUCAGACGAUAUAUGACCAUAUACCAUGGCUCCUGUGAUCUGGACGUACGAAGAAGGAUUGGGAUGGCCAAGAGUGCCAUGUCUCAGCUACAUAAAACUUGGAAAGACCGUAACAUCUUGUGAAAACAAAGAUAAAACUCGUUGUCUUUUCCAUCUUUCUCUAUGGGGCUGAGACGUGGACCCUAGAAAUUUGCAGACCGCAAAAGGAUUGACGCUUUCGAGAUGUGGUGUUGGAGGAAAAUGACUGCAUUUCGGACUAACGCAUCUAUACUUGCUUGAACUCAAAGUUCAAAAAAUCAAAAUCAAAAUUCAUUUAUUUCAAGUAGGCUCAGUUUACAAGCACUUUUGACACGUCAGUUGACUAUUUGUAAAGAUUCUACCACCGGUUCGGAAGGCAGGCUCUGCUGAGAAGAUACCGGCAAGAAACUCAACAGUUGCUCUUUUGAAAUGAAAAAGUCAUACAGUAUUAUAAUUUACAAUUGAUAACAAUUACAAUUUCUUAUUGUUUUACUUCCUGUGUGAAGGUGGAAGCUGAUCCAACGGCCUCCAAGCAUCUUUAUCAUUAAGGAACUCAUCAAUGUUGUAGUAACCUCGACUAAGUUAAAAUAAGACUCUCUACCAUAUGCCUCAAGCGUAUUUUAGAAUACUUCGGACACAUUGCCAGGAAAGACGGAGAUGAUCUGGAAAAAUUAGUCAUUACUAGCAAGGUGGAAGGAAAAAGAUCGCAGGGGCGCAGCCCGAUGCGUUGGUCCGACAUGCAGUCGCGUAGCCGGCUCAGACCAAUUAUAGAAGGACCUGUAUCGCACUCAUAGUAACGAACAAAAUUGAGGAAAAUGAGCUUAGAUUUUGUAUAUAUCUUAUACUAAACUACAAGUUUUUGCCCGUUUUUUACACAAUUCAAUUACACAAAAAGGUAUUUUUACGGAGCUCUUUAACCAACGAACACGAUUACAACUAUUUAACAUCGAUACUAUAGAGACAGUUUUUAUAAUCGCAUUAGAUCGUUGAUCAUAUACUUUGACAGAAAAGUAAUGUCUAGCGAGGCAGGUCCUAUACAAUAAUUGGUCUGAGGUAGCCGGAGAUAGGAAAAAAUGGCAUAACAUCCUAAGGACAAGAAUCAGAGAUGGAGGUGGUCACGACCCUCAUACAUGAGGAUUACGACUCACGGAGGAGAGGACUUCCUACCAUACCAUAUAAAACUCAGGCCGUAUGUUCGACGAUCUUAGCUUGUCCCUGUUGUGGACAAAUUGAAGAUAAAUUAAAAAUGCCGUGGCAAACCUUUUUUUUUAUAAAGUAAUGAUUUCAUUAUUGAAGUAUUAAUAUCAAGAUUUUUGAAGUGAAACUUCUUUAGGCGCAUGAGGGUAAAAGUUUUACAGAUGUAACGUCACGCCGGUAUGCAACGGAAGUAUCGAAGAGAGAGAGAGAGAGAGCGAUCGAGACCGAUUGAGAGAAAAUAAGACAGGGCGAACGUAGCAUGAAGCAACUAGCCGUGGAGUGAGAGUAGGGAGCGAGCAAGUGAGAAAGAUUAAGAGAAAAGUGAGACAGAGCGAACGUCGUAUCACGCACAGUGCUAUGGAGUGAGGGAGAGAGCUAUAGUGAGAAAGAUUGAACGAGAGAGAGAAAUCGCGCAAUGUAAAUAUUAAAGAAAUAAAUUGAAAAAAUUAAAUUUAUAAUUUACAUUAAUUUUCAACACUUUUUAUAUUUUAAUGACAAUUAAAUUCCUAACCUAUCUUCCUUUUUCCCUUCCUCUUAGUCUCGGAAAUGUAAAGUUUUAGAUUUGUACAAAUAUAAACAAGAUUUAUAAAUAAGUUCGCCAAAGAAGUUUCACUUCUGACAUGGGUACACAGUACGCACGCUUUUUUCAUUUUAUUACAUGGAUGGGAAUUCCCUUCAAUCUAAAAUAAUUAAUAAUUUUAUGAAGAGCUCUGUUUAACAAUUAACUCUACAAUUCUGGUUUUUGUCAUUGGUUGUAUUAUACAAUGUUUUAUUUAAUUCAGAGUUUAGUUGUAAUUUGGCCUUAACUUACUUACCAUAAUAACCUUAGAGUUAAGUUGUGAAAUAUACUUUUCAUUUGCUAA